AUGCAUAAGGUACUUGGAAUAUGGUCUAUCAUUGAGUCAAUUAGUUUGCAAUGCCAGGAUUUGCUAUGCAUUCGUGGACGACCUCGCGCAGCUUGGGCUUUGUUCGGCAUAACAAAUCGUAGGCAUUUCAAAUUGAUUUGUCGUGAUAUGUACGAAUAUUCUUUUGCCUUCGAUAUACUUCCCACAACUAUAUCUUCAGCGGCAAAAUUUUUUGCCCGUCUCGAAGAUCACAUUUGCUUGCAACUACCUACAACAUCUAUACGAUUACGAAUCACCAUUCCACCGGAGGACUUUUUGCAGUAUGGAUUUUAACUUUCGUGUCGUCGGGCUGCGCAAGAAGGUUUUACGAGUCCGGUCAUGUCAGUGUCAGUCUAUGAGUGAGCAGUAGGAUGGUCGGUAAGAGAGAGAAAUAUCAUGCCGGCCUUCUUGCGCAGCGUCUGGCGGUGUUGGGGUUAAAACGCAUAUGCAAAACCAGGAACGCAACAAUUGCAGCUCCACUUACCGCCACAUCGUCGUCGAGGAUUACUACACAUCGACAUCAUACAAGAGAAUUUCUACAUCGCAAUAAAAUCAGAAAAUUGCAGAGAAAAACUAUGGGGAUCAUCCACAACUACCAGAUAAAUUCGCAUCAUCUAGUUUCAGUUCGCUUCAAUAUUAGUCAUCGUGUAUUAGUAUUUUAUUUGCAGUCUACGCGCCUUCAACUACAUCGUCACCUAGCUCAACCUGUUUGCUCGGUGGGACGCGAGGAUCCGUUGCCACGACGAGCCAAACCGCUUGGACG